UGUGCUGUCAGAGUGGGAGGUGUUGACGUGCGAUUUCAAAGUGCGUAUCUUGCGGAAGUCAGCUCGUCGACUCGCAGUUUUGUUCCGGUCGGUUGUGCACGUCAUUCUAGUGACAUGAUCUCGACGCAGCAGUGGCUGUGCGUGGGCGCUGUGUUAUGUCUGACGAGCGCGGGUUUGGCGACUCCCGUGGAUUCGUUGACGGCACGUAGUGAUGUUCCGGCCAUCCCAACCGUCACGCCCGCUUUGGAGAUACCCACCGAAAACCCUACCGAGGGUAGCAAGAUGUCGCGGUUCCUCGACGACUUCACGUCCGCGUUCAAGCAGGGCACAGCCAAGAUGAAGGAGAGCUUCGAGAUCGCCGCAAGCUCAGUGAAGGAUGGCGUGAUGCAGGGUUACGACUACGUCCGGAGCAAGCUUACCGGAACCGGUGCAGAGGCACAAACGGAACAUCCAGCCACCAACGGCUCUACCUCGACCGCCGCUGCACUCACCUCGGCCACCCCAUCAACCGAGAGUCCUUCAAUCAGCGCACCAGGCGCACCUGGCCCGGUUGACUCCGGUUUACCCGCAUUCGGGGGCGCCGUCGGUGUGUCCAACGAACCGGCCCAGAUUGUGCCCAACGAUGACGAGGACGACGAGCGGAUCUUCUUCAACGACAAGGACUACCCGGCGCCGCUAAAACCCUCGCAAGAGGGCGACACUGAUGAACGUGACGUCACGGAGUCACCGGUCACGACGACGGCAGCGGUGGACAAUCGCUUCAUCAUUGCAGGCCCUCUAGCGUGCAAGAGUGGACAGGAGGUGGUGAAUGGAAAGUGCCGGAACGUGUUCUGAGCCUCGAGGGUCCCUCGCCCUCACCCUUUCCCAUCAUCCUUUUCCCUACUCCUUAAUCCCACAAUCACACCCAACCGCGAGAGCGGUUCGUUGGGAAGUGUGAUUUUUUAAUUUAAUUCCAUUACUGUUAAUGUCACCCGGUGUAUAAGCCCACGAGCGCUUAUUUGCUCACACACACACACACACACACACGCCUACCAGCCACCCAAACCAUCUACACUCUCAUCUCCUCGGGUACCUCCACAAAUCGCACGUCUUCCCACUCGGGCCAACCGUUCGCGAGCAGCAGCAGAAGAAGGAAAUAAAUUGAUUUGAUUAGCAAACGGA